UCGAGUCGCUUAAAUCUUAAAUCAUCGAAGUUGUGUAUUUUGGUGUCAUGUUUUUACUAUUUUCUCCCUUUUUUUGUGAUUAAUCUUACGUAAAAUCAAAAAAUAAUUAAAAUUUAGUGCCUUAUCUCGUGUUACAAUGCUAAAAAAGUGGUAAAAUAACUCGUGACGUAUCAAAUAAACAAACGAGAUCAGGUUAUGUGUGUUGACACUGUUACCGUUGGUCGUAAAAAACGGUGUAAAGGGGCGUAGCAACCUACUUGUGAUUUCGUCUCAAACGGAAAUGUUUUCAAAGAAGAAGAAGAAACCUCAGAUUUCGCCCCCCACAAACUUCGAGCAUCGAGUUCAUACCGGGUUUGAUAAACGCGAAGGGCGAUAUGUGGGGCUUCCGUUACAGUGGGCUUCGAUCGUUGGCAACAACCAAAUCCUCAAAUCGACAAACCGGCCUUUGCCCCUUGUGGACCCCUCUGAAAUAACCCCAACGGAAAUCCUAGACCUGAAAACUAUAGUCAGAGGGGACCACAGAUCCGACAGCCGCCUUGGUAAAAACCCCCAAAACGGGAUUCUCCUCCCUAAAACUUCAAACGUGGCCCGCAGUAAUUCAUUACGUUCAUCCAGCCCCCCGAGACUCCGUCACAGGAACACCAACGUGCCUCCGGCAGUCCCCGAGGAGCAGAUACUACAAUAUACCUCCAUGAGGAGAGACCCCAGUAUGGGCAAGCCCCAGGUUAGGGAGAGCUCGCCGGCGGAGCGCUCAUUGAGCAAUCACGAAAUGCCCCAUCAUUUGAAUGGGAAUCAGGAAACCUAUGGGGGGUUAAUCAGGGAGCAUCCUCAAGUGUCUCCAGCCGGUUCCAUGGCGUCAGCGGGGCUGUCGCAAUUGGGGGCGCACUCGCAUUCGAGCCACGGGUCGCAUCAGAGUUUACAACAGGGGGGGUAUGGGGUGAGGCACGAUCAAAAUCAGAAUUUGAAGAAUGGGGGGCAGAUGGGGCAAAUGCCGGGGGCGGCGGUGGCACAGACUGCGACGAAGCAUCACGAACAAAGGCUGACACACGAACAGUUCCGUGCUGCCCUCCAGAUGGUGGUUUCUUCAAAGGACCCGCGCGAGAACCUCGAGCGUUUCGUGAAAAUCGGCGAGGGCUCCACCGGCACCGUUUGCAUCGCCCACGACCGCACCACCGGCCGUCAAGUCGCCGUAAAAAAAAUGGAUCUCCGAAAACAGCAACGUCGCGAACUCCUUUUCAACGAAGUGGUGAUAAUGCGCGACUACCACCACCCCAACAUCGUCGAAAUGUUUGAUUCGUAUCUCGUCAACGACGAAUUGUGGGUCGUAAUGGAGUUCCUUGAAGGUGGCGCCCUCACCGACAUCGUCACUCAUUCCCGUAUGGACGAAGAACAAAUCGCCACUGUGUGCAAGCAGUGUCUCAAAGCUCUGGCUUAUCUGCACUCCCAGGGCGUCAUCCAUCGUGAUAUCAAAUCAGAUUCGAUUUUAUUAGCUUUGGAUGGGAGAGUUAAGCUUUCCGAUUUCGGGUUCUGUGCCCAAGUCUCUCAGGAGUUGCCCAAACGGAAGAGUUUAGUUGGGACGCCGUAUUGGAUGUCGCCGGAAGUGAUCAGUCGGUUGCCGUACGGACCGGAAGUUGAUAUUUGGUCAUUGGGGAUUAUGGUUAUAGAAAUGGUGGAUGGCGAGCCGCCAUUUUUCAAUGAGCCGCCUCUACAGGCGAUGAGGAGAAUUAGAGAAAUGCCGCCGCCGAAAUUGAAAAAUAGUCAUAAAGUCUCAGCAAGGCUACAAAGUUUCUUAGAUAGGAUGCUUGUCAGAGAUCCUGCACAGAGAGCUACAGCACAGGAAUUACUCGCGCAUCCAUUUUUGAGACAAGCAGGGCCACCUGCACUUUUAGUGCCGCUAAUGAGAGGCGCCAAACACUCUAAUUAUUGAUCUGUACUUAAUGCAUAUAUGUUGAUAUUUAUUUAGGUAAGUCUCAAUCUUUUGCGUAAUUUAAGUCAUACCAAAUAUUAAUUAAGACAGCUCUCUUGGUUCGAUCUACUUAAACGUUAUUAUGGUCCAGUAUUACGAAAUUGUAAGCCGUCCAUGUAGUGCCUUAAGGCUUAUACUGGGGUCUCUCCAAUUGGUUUUCCGAUUAAUUUAAGUUUAGGCUUGUUAAAUAUAUUUUAAGAAGUUAACUGUACGACUUAGCGCUGUAAUAUAUACAAACAAGAAGUGUCAUAAUACACUUGAUAUUUUUUAUAA